AUGAGCCCGGCAUGUGAUCCUACCUCGAUCCUCGUUGUUUGCGUGGUAACAGGAGCCCUGAGCACAAGGCGAAUCAUUAGAUACACCCGCGACGCUAUGUCCGCCUAUACCAUUGCCGGAGGAAUUGCUGAUGAAGUGCUGCGCUCCAUUCGGACCGUCAAAGUCUUUGGUGCGCAGGGGGCAUUCGCGAAACGAUUCGAACAACACUUGCAGACCGUGGGACAGGCAAGCCGUAAAGGGACAAGUGAUUUCAGCAGUCAUGACUGCCAUCAUUAUGACGACUACCUUCUGGAGUCAUCCUCUGACAUUCUGGUCCGGGUCCUUAUUCAUCGCAGAGGGGCACGCGGCUCUUCAAGAUGUCAUAACCGUGGCCUUUGCGAUGUUGCUGGCCGCGCAUUCGCUGUCGAUGGUGGCGCCCCAUAUUCGAGCCUCGGGGGCUCGCUUGGACAACGUGCAAGGUUGUCUGUCUAUCCCAGACAGCUAGUGAUAAAUCACCUGGAUCUCCACUUCCCGGCACGCCAAGUGACCGCCAUCGUGGGGCCAUCUGGCUCGGGCAAGAGUACGAUUUUCAAUCUCAUCGAGCGAUUCUACCCACCUGUCAGUGGGAGAAUCCUCCUUGACGGGCAAGACAUUACCACUUUGAACCUUAAAUGGUACCGUCAGCAGCUAGGACUGGUCGGUCAAGAACCCAUUCUCACUGGCAACACAAUCUACGAAAGCAUCUGUCACGGAUCCUCAGCGAUACCACCCCGGCAAGGCAUCGACGAUGAGGCCACCAAACAAAGUGUCAUCAGCGCUGCAAAGGCCGCAAAUGCACACGACUUCAUUAUGGGUCUGCCGGAGGGAUACUCAACCAAGAUCGGUGAGGCUGGUGUACAGCUUUCGGGAGGCCAGAAGCAAAGAAUUGCUAUUGCGCAGGCACUUAUUCGUCAUCCGACUGUACUUCAACUUGAUGAGGCAACGUCGGCCCUUGACGCGGAUUCCGAACGUUUGAUCAAAGAAACAAUUCAGCUAUCGGCCGCGGAACGGACUCUGAUUAUUAUCGCCCACCGACUUUCCACCAUUAAACAUGCCGAUAACAUCAUCGUUCUCGCCGAUGGUAAAUUGGUCGAGCAAGGAACGCACAGCGAGCUGAUGGCCAGAAAUGGCAUGUAUGCGUCACUUGUCAAAGCACAUCAGGCCGAAAGCAAGGAGAAAGAGAACGCCGUCACCUAUUAUGAGAGCGUUGACGAUUCAGGCACGACAUCGCCCAAGUUAUCCCACAAGCAAAGCUUCACCGAACAAUUGUACGAGGUCGACAACGAGAAGUCCUCGGAUACCGGCGAGCGCGGCCCGUCAACAUGGACGUUGGUCAAGCUGACCGCCUCAUUCAAUCGCCCCGAGGCGAGUUACAUGACCCUCAGGCUGAUGUUUUCCAUCCUCGCAGGUUGCUGCAACCCAGCUUUAGCAUUUGUGCUGGCCAAAGCGAUUGCCGUGCUGUCUCUUUCAACGUCGACGAUGUCUAAACUCAAGUCAGAUGCCAGCUUCUGGUCCUUGAUGAUGUUCGUGAUUGGGUGGGCGAAUCUACUCAAUGGAGUUACUCACGGCAUCCUUUUCGCAUAUUGCUCGGAGAAAUUGACCUAUAGAGCAAGAAGUCAAGCAUUCCGCUCGAUGCUCAGCAAGGAUGUGGAUUUCUUUGACGACGAAAAACAUCAAACGGGCUCUUUAACCAGAAUCUUAUCUAUUGAGGUCCAGAACCUCGCUGGUAUCAGCGGCGCUACAUUGGGAACAAUCCUUGCCACCACGACCAUGCUUGUCGCCGCCAUGGCUAUUUCUCUGGCCGUUGGUUGGAAAGUUGCCUUGGUUUGCGGUACCACGAUACCUAUCCUGUUAGGCUGUGGUUACUACCGGGUCUGCAUGAUUGCAGCAUUCGCACAAAGGAUGCACGGCGCGCACCAAUCUUCCUCUGCGUUCGCCAGUAGAGCUAUAUUCUCAAUUCGCGCCGUAGCAUCUCUGACACGCGAGGAGGAAACAUCCCAAGAAUACGAGGAACAGUUGCUCCAACAGGAGAGGAAAGCUGGUAUCUCGAUGCUGAAGUCAUCAAUUCCAUUCGCGGCCGCGAAGUCCUUUGUGUUCUUCUGCGUCACGCUUGCGUUCUGGUACGGCGGGACCCGACUCAGUCCGCCGGAUUUGUGUUCUCGUCUGCAUCAGAUAUCGGCAAAAGCGAAGAAGGCCGCGAGAGUCUACCACGACCUCUUACGGCCUCUACCAGGGAUAGAGUCUGACGCCACGAACUGUCACACGCAUCAGAUCAAUUCCAUUCAAGGGUCUAUCGAAUUCCGCGAUGUAUUCUUUUCCUAUCCCAGUCGUCCUCCUCAUCCAGUUCUCGAAAACCUCAGUCUCAGUGCGGAACCUGGCCGGUUCAUAGCCCUCGUGGGUGGCAGUGGGUGUGGGAAGAGCACGAUCUUGUCCUUACUUGCUCGACUUUACGAUCCCAACUCAGGUGCUGUGUUGGUAGAUGGUCAUGAUCUGAGGGAUCUCGACGUUCACCACUAUCGAAAGCAGCUGUCUUAUGUCAGCCAAGAGCCAGUCCUCUAUCAAGGCACUGUCAGAGAGAAUUUGUCACUUGCAGUCGAAGACGAAGAAUGGCAAGCGGGCGAAGAGGAAUUGAUUCAGGCGUGUAAAGAUGCGAAUCUCUACGAUUUCAUCGUAUCACUAGAGGACGGGUUCUCGACGCUCGUGGGAGCUCGUGGAGUCAUGCUCUCUGGCGGCCAGAAACAGCGUCUAGCGAUCGCUCGUGCCUUGAUACGGCGUCCACGCAUUCUCAUUCUCGACGAAGCGACAUCGGCUUUAGACUCUGCAUCCGAGAAAAGUGUUCAGGAGGCCUUGAAUAAAGCGGCUCGCGGCCGAACAACGAUCGCAAUUGCCCACAGAUUGAGUACUAUUCGGCAUGCCGACAAGAUCAUGGUUAUCGAUCAUGGUAGAGUGGUGGAGAAGGGUACAUAUUCAGAACUCAUGGCCAUGAAGGGGAAGUAUUACUUUCUGGCAAGGUUGCAGGGCCUCGACCUCGAGAGUUCGUCGUUGGUUUCUUAA